AUGGAGUUGGACUGGAGCUACAAGCCCAUGCUGGAGGAGACACUGGCGAGUCUGAGCGAGCGACAGGAGAGGCUUGUUCAGAGGAUAACGGGGAUCAGAGAGCAGAACCCCCGAGAGUGCAGCCCGUCGCCCUCCUCCCUCACCGAGAGAGAGCAGGAGGGAGGAAGCAGCUUCACGCUUGCUAGUCAAAGGGGGCAGGAGGGAGGAAGCAGCUUGUAUGCUCCAAGAUCGGCACAGGCUGUACUGCGAGCGCUGGAGGAGAAUCAGAGUCUGCGAGAGAAGUUAGAAGAGAGCCAAGAGGUUCUCAAGCAGACGCAAGACAAGUUGAGGAAGCAAACGGUAGCGCUGUCCCUGCUCAAAGAAGAGCACGCGAGUCUCCAGGCUGCGCAUGAGGCUCAAGUCGUUUCCCUACGAGAAGAGAUUGAUCGCCUGAAUGGACGAGCAGCGGAAGGGCGAGCUAAGGCUGACAGUGGCGAAGACCUCAAGCUCGCCUACGAACAAGAAAAACUUCUAAAACGAAUCCGACAGCUUCAGGCUCAGCUGCAAGCGUCGCAGAAGGAGAGGAUACGAGAGACGGAGAGGUACAAGAGGGAGAUGGAGCAAGAGGCCGACAAGCAGAAAAGGCUCAAGGAAAUCCUCAUGUCAGCCAUCAAGUUGCUCACGGAUCAACGAGAUUCUCUUCUGACUGAUCUCAACGACAUCAAACAAGUCAGCCAAACCAACAUGAUGAUCUUGCUGGUGGUGGUGGUGGUGGUGGUGGAACGAUCCUCCCUGCUGCUCGAGCUCCAACAUCUCAAGUCUCGCAACAACGACUUCGUUUCCCAGCUCUCGUCUGCCUCCUCCCUCCUCCAAGACUAUCGCCAGACCUCUCAG